CUCUGAGUAAAGUCUUAUUAUUCAGUCGUUUCUAAAACGCUAAACCAACCGGAAUGAAGUCUUUGCUGAUUUUGUCUCUUCUAUUUGGACUUGUCCUAGCUCAGAGGGAUGCUGUCUGCACCACGAGGCCCCAGGUUAUUGGCCAAUGUCCCGAGAACAACUUGGGUUAUACCUAUAGAGUGGAUCAUGGUUGCAUAGAGUAUCAUGCCAUAGGUUGUCAUAUAAUGGGUAAUUUUUUUCAUACCCUAAAGGAUUGCCAGGCCAAAUGUACACCCACUUUGGAGUACACACUUCAAGAUUUGUAUUUUAGAGGUAUGGAUGCAUUGGGACGAGUUGUGAUCGAUUCAUUGUCCGCUAUAAGGCACUUGGUUUGAUUGUAUUUUCGUUAAAUUAAAAAAUAAAUCUGAUAUUUGAGGAAAA